AUGACUAGCAACCUCUCAUCUCGAAUUACACCGCGGCCUGGCGAGCUUCCAGACGCAAAGCGGGACGCUCUCAGGGCCUUCGAAGUUUUGAAAGAGGGCGGCGUCAUAAUCGCCCCAACGGAUGUCGGAUACGGUAUGAUGGCCGCAAGCGCCGAGGCGAUCGAACGUAUCUUCAUCGCCAAGAAGCGAAAAGCAGGACAUUCCAUGGGCGUCAUUGGAACAUACGACCUUCUCAAGCGACUAUACGAUCUUCCAGAUGAGAAAUACACCAUCGUCCGAACGUUCACAGAAGAAUUAGGAUUGACGGUUGCUUUCGUUGGAAAGAUGAAAGAGUCAGCGCAUGAGCUCAUCCCGAAUGUUGAGCGGGUUGUCAAGAACGGUACUUUAGGUUUCGCAAUCGGCGAAGGUCCUUUCUCACGGGAACUUGCGCGGCUAAACGAUGAGAAUGGUUUGGUUAUGGUAGGCAGCAGUGCCAACCUCACGGAUCAAGGACAGAAGUUUCGAGUUGAAGACAUUGAGUCUGAGAUUAUUGAAGCAGCUGAUUUGGUUGUCAACUACGGUCGGCAGAAGUGGCAUUUGUAUGGGAGGGCUGGGACUAUCUUGGACUUGAAUAAUGAACGUGUCUUGAGGAUUGGGGCAAACUAUGAGAAUAUAAGGGAGAAGUUGAUUGAUUUGUUCGGAUGGAGUGCUCCAGAAGAUCCGGACUACGAUAUGACCGGGAAGAAGACGAUUGGCUUCUCAAUCAAGGGAGAUUCAGGCAGUUAA